CUCGCGGUAAAACGAGGCCUAUAGAUAGAACUCGAGAGUGUACAUACGGAAGAAGCUGACUUGGAGUUGCAGAUCAGCAGAAGACUGAGAACAGACGCAGAAAGCCACAGCUAAAGAGCCACUCGGCCAGUUCUCUCUCGAACCCUACUAUUCGUUUCUCCGCUUGACUCCAUAGAACCAGCAAAGGGUUCCUUCCGACUGGGCAAACCCUUUUCCCGCCACUAUGGACGUCGCUUCUCGCCCGCUCCACAGUCCACUUCUCUUCCUUAUAGCUUCUAUCCUUUUUCCCCUUACCCUCAAUUUCAAAUUUCAUUUCUCAUGUUCUCGUGUUUGAUUCCCGUUCCAUUCGCAGGUUGUAGAAGACCGCAAGGUUCUUCUUUAUCGCAUUCGUUAACGUUCUCAUCAUAUGGAGGACCUUACAGCAAAAAGCUCCCAUCUUUGACUAGUACCAGUACCUCUGCUCUAAGUUGUUUUUCAUGUCUUUCAAGGAAGCACACAACUCUGUCUUGGUGUUGUUCUUCUCAAGAGCAGUUCAACAGUGGUAAACUUUUGAUGCGUACUAAGUCAUUCACACGAAUCGUUGCACAAUCUGAAAUUGCCGGUGCUGCGAUUACAGAUACUGAUGCUGAUCCACCAUCAGAGGUUAGCCUGCUCUCGAAAGCCAGAGGAAUCGGCUUCUAUGCGGUCACUGCUAUUGCUGCAUUGCUCCUUAUUGUGCUGAUGCUGGUGCAACACCCUCUGGUGCUUCUGGCUGAUCAAUACAGAAGAAAAGCUCAUCACCUUGUUGCAAGUGUCUGGGCAACGAUAACAAUAAAUCCAUUUUUCAACAUUGAGUUUGAAGGAGUGGAGAAUUUGCCACCUUCAGACACACCAGCAGUCUAUGUUUCCAAUCACCAGAGCUUCUUAGAUAUAUACACUCUUCUUACUUUAGGUAGAAGCUUUAAGUUCAUUAGCAAGACCGCGAUUUUCCUGUACCCAGUCAUUGGAUGGGCCAUGUCCAUGCUUGGUACGAUCCCUCUCAAGCGCAUGGACAGCAGAAGUCAGUUGGAGUGUCUUAGACGAUGCAUCGACUUGGUCAAUAAAGGAGCAUCGGUCUUCUUCUUCCCAGAGGGAACUCGUAGUAAAGACGGUCAUUUGGGUGCUUUCAAGAAAGGCGCAUUCAGCAUUGCAGCCAAAACAGGCGUGGCAGUGAUCCCCAUGACCCUUAUGGGAACUGGAGGGAUCAUGCCUCCAGGAAAAGAGGCCAUCUUGAAUACGGGGUCUGUGAAGGUUGUCAUUCAUAAGCCGAUACGAGGAACUGAUGCAGCAGCUCUCUGCGAUGAAGCUAGAACAGUAAUUGCUGGUCCACUUAACCAGCAAAGUUAGAGAGAUGAUCUAGUCUUCCAAUCUUGCCAUUAUUCCAGUCCUAAAGCUUUGAACUCACACAACACCAUCAGCAACAGCUUUUUCCACAGUAGGAAAGGAAAUAACAGAAGCUGCUAAGGCGGGUUUUCUGGAACUCUGGCUGUUGGUUGUGAGAAGUUUCACUGGGACGAUGUGGAUGUAUAGCCGUUAAUCAUUCUCCAGCCAUGGCAGGGUCUGUUCUUAGCAGCAGAUGAUCUCAGCUCCAUUUGGUGUUGCAGCAGGCCAAGCUUUCAUGAGCUGUUGGAUGAUGAGUAUCAAAUUCUACCAUGGUUCUUCUCUUUGGAAAUUUCCUGUGGAAGUGUAGUUUCUGUUCCCUAUUGCCAUUUGUGAAUUGGCUAAACUGAGAAAGGAAUGAAUGAAAAAUAAUAAUGUCAGAAGUGUGGAUACUUGGAAAAGAGCAUCCAUUGUUUGUUUGCUUUCAAACAUUGUUCAAUUGGAGUGGUUAAACACCCAAUCUGGUUCACCCUAGACCCAGACUGUACCGUGUUUUAACCAGAAAUGUGGUGAGUUAAAGACCAGACCGAAUGGUUUUGUCGUGGUUCACUCCUGAACCGAGUUUGAAUCCUGACGAGAACUGUGGUUAGGUCCUUGUUAAAAGACCAGAAUUUUGGGAUGGAUCAUGGAUGAUUCU